AUGAAAGGGCAUGCUGUUAUUCCCAAACGGAGUACGGUACAGGUCUCACGCCAAGUGUACAUGCUGCCAGUUAAGGAGGAUAGCACACUCAUUUUUGAGCUUGAUGUGAAUCCUUGCUGGGCAGAUGGGCUUGAUUUCAAAGAAAGUUUAGUAAGGCUGAAAAGAGAGGCUCCAACAAAAAUCACAAUUGAGGUAUACAAUGACACUGAUCACGAUAUCACUCUGAUGGGCCAGACUCCGAUUGGUACAGUACAGCUUGUCAAGAAUGUCUUCCCUGCUAGUAUGUUUGGAGUGCCAGAAAACCUUACCGCUGUUGGGGUACGUCACAUCCAGGCUGCGGAGAAUUGUCAUGACAACACCAAUAGUGAUUCUUGGGACCCGCCAGUCGAUGUCAGCCACCUGAGCGAACAUCAGAGACAGGUAGUACAACAAAUGUUAAGAGAAGAGUGUCAUUCAUUCUCUAAAUCAGACAACGACAUUGGGUGUAUCAGGAAUUUGGAGUUGAGUAUAUCACUUAAAGAUGAUGAGCCAGUCAGUCGCACUUACAUGUCUGUGCCAAAGCCUUUGUAUCGCAAGAUGAAAGAAUACUUACAUGACCUCAUAGCAAGAGGCUGGAUUGAAAAACCCAACUCCUCAUACUCGUCUCCAAUUGUGUGCAUAAGAAAGAAAGAUGGCAGCCUCCGUUUAUGUAUCGAUUACAGGGAUCUAAACAGAAAGACUCAUCCGGACAGACAACCAUUUCCAAGGGUACAAGACAUUAUGGACAGCCUAGGUGGUAAUUGCAGGUUUUCUACACUAGAUCAAGGGAAGGCCUACCACCAGGGGUUCAUGUCAAAGGAAAGUAAGCACCUAACGGUGUUUGUGACACCCUGGGGCCUGUAUGAAUGGGUGCGUAUUCCUUUCGGGCUGAUGAAUGCUCCUGCAGCCUUCCAGCGAUGUAUGGAGGAGUGUUUAGAUGGCUUGCGGGUUGAGAUCUGCAUUCCAUACCUCGAUGACACCUUGGUGUUUAGUAAGACCUUUGAGAACCACGUCAAGGAUGUAAGGAAAGUGUUGCAGAGGCUUAGGCAACAUGGCAUCAAGCUUAAACCGAGUAAGUGUGAGUUCUUCAAACCUGAAGUCCGCUACCUGGGUAGGAUAGUCUCUGCAGAGGGAAGUAAAGUUGAUCCUGCAGAUACAGAAGCUGACAGAGCCCUGAAAGACAUACAACCAAAGAAUGUGGGUACUAUGAUGAAAGAGUGCUCUGAGGAGUUGUCAUCAGACAUAAUAGGUGCAACCAUUCAGGCUGUAGAAGCUCAAGAAGGACCCAGCAUCCCAUGUGUUCAGCUGAAUUAUUGUGGUUGUUUGUCAUUUCCAUUCAGAGUCAAGAUCAGAUUCUGUUUUAUCAUGGAUGACAUACAAACAUCCACAGAUGAAGAUGUUUCUCCAGAAUGCAGUUCAUUUCAGCAGAAGAGAUCAGAAGCAGAGCCCAGCUGCGUGUCUAUGAGGAGUGAUUGGUCUAUGGAACAUCCAAUAGAUUUUAAGAGUGAAGAAACAAAGACUGAUUGCAGUUCAGUUCAUCAGAAAAGGUCAGAAGCAGAGCCCAGCUGUGUGUCUUUGAGGAGUGAUGCGUCUGUGAAUCAGCCAUUAGAUUAUAAGAGUAAAGAUACAAAGACUGAUCUCAGCCAUGAAGUUCUCAACACGUUUAGAUCAAAUCUGCUGAAGAAGUUUGAGCAUCUGUAUGAGGGAACAGCGACGCAGGGAAACCCAACACUCCUGAAUGAGAUAUACACAGAGCUCUACAUCACAGAGAUUGAGAAUGGAGAGAUCAGUAAUGAGCAUGAGGUGAGACAGAUUGAGACACAAUCCAGGACAGCAGCAACAGAGGACACAGCCAUCAAAUGCAGUGACAUCUUUAGACAUUUACUGCAAGACAAAGCCAUCAGAACUGUGAUGACAAAGGGAGUCGCUGGCAUUGGAAAAACAGUCUCUGUGCAGAAGUUCAUCCUGGACUGGUCUGAAGGGAAAGAGAAUCAGGACGUCCAGCUCAUAUUUCAACUUCCUUUUGUAGUGUCAGAAAUCAACUUGAUGAAGGACAAAACACUGAGUCUUUCAGAUCUUCUUCAUGUAUUUUUCCCUGAAACUAAAGAAAUGGAAAUAUCCAGUGAUGAAUAUAAAGUGUUGUUCAUCUUUGAUGGUCUGGAUGAGUGUCGUCUGUCUCUGGACUUUAAGAGCAAAGUGAAACUGUGUAAUAUAUCUGAAUCAGCCUCAGUGGACAUGCUGCUGAUGAACCUCAUUGUGGGGAAUCUGCUUCCCUCUGCUCUCAUCUGGAUCACCUCCAGACCAUCAGCAGCUGAUCUCGUCCCCUCUGAGUGUGUCCAUCGAGUGACAGAGGUACGAGGCUUCAAUGAUCCACAGAAGGAGGAAUACUUCAGGAAGAGUAUCAGUGAUCAGAGUCUGGCCAAUACAAUCAUCUCACACCUGAAGUCAUCAAGAAGCCUCCACAUCAUGUGCCACAUCCCAGUGUUCUGCUGGAUCUCAGCCGCUGUUCUGGAGAAGAUGUUGACUCCAGCAGAGAGUGGAGAGAUUCCCAAGACUCUCACUCAAAUGUACACACACUUCCUGAUCCUUCAGACCAACAUCAAACGUGAGAAGGACUAUGAGAAGAAGGUGACAGAUGAAGACAUGAUCCUCAAACUGGGGAAAGUGGCUUUUCAGCAGCUUGUGAAAGGCAACCUGAUCUUCUACGAGGAAGACCUGAGAGAGUGUGGCAUUGAUGUGACAGAAGCAUCAGUGUACUCAGGAUUGUGCACUCAGAUCUUCAGAGAGGAGUUGGGCUUGUUUCAGGGGAAAGUCUUCUGCUUUGUUCAUCUGAGCAUUCAGGAGCAUCUAGCAGCUCUAUAUGUACACCUCUCCUGGACAAACAACAACAGAAAUGUGUUUGAGCCAAUCACCAAACAGAGUUUACGGUCUAAAGUUCAGGACUGGUUUCAACUCAAUUCAUCAGAACAUUUUUUAUUAUCUGAGCUGCAUCAGAGAGCUGUGGAUGAGGCUCUACAGAGUAAAAAUGGACAUCUGGAUCUUUUCCUGCGGUUCCUUCUGGGUUUGUCAGUGGAGUCUUAUCAGAUUCUUCUACGACGAAUAAUGUUGAUGAAAAGAAGCAGCUCUGACAGCAAUGAGAAAACAGUUGAUUACAUCAAGAAGAAGAUCAGGACCAUUGACUCUCCAGCGAAAUCCAUCAAUCUGUUCCACUGUCUGAAUGAACUGGGUGAUCAUUCACUAGUGGAGCAAAUACAACAGUAUCUGAAAUCUGGAAGAAUAAAGGAAACCAAACUCUCUUCAUCUCAGUGGUCAGCUGUAGUUUUUGUGUUGUUGACAUCAGAAAAGGACCUGAAUGAGUUUUGUCUUGAUAAAUUGGUUAAAGGAAAAAAUAAACAUGAAAAUAUGGAAGUUCUUCAGAAGCUGCUGCCUGUGAUUAAAGAAUCCAGAUCAGUUCAGUUGAGUGAUUGUGGCGUCACAGAUGAAGGUUGUGCUGCUCUGGUUUCAGCUCUGAGAUCAAACCCCUCACACCUGAGAGAACUGAAUCUGUCUGGGAAUGAAAUAGGAGAUUCUGGAGUCACGCUGCUCUCUGCUGGACUGGCGGAUCCUCACUGUAAACUGGAGAAACUGUGGUUGAGAGAUUGUGGCAUCACAGAUGAAGGUUGUGCUGCUCUGGCUUCAGCUCUGACAUCAAACCCCUCACACCUGGGACACCUGAGUCUGACUGGGAAUAAACUGGGAAAUUCAGUGAAUCUGCUCUCUGAUGUACUACAAAAUCCUCACUGUAAACUGGAAAAACUGUGGUUGAAUGAUUGUGACAUCAAAGAUGAAGGUUGUGCUGCUCUGGCUUCAGCUCUGAGAUCAAACCCCUCACACCUGAGACAGCUGAAUCUGUCUUUGAAUAAAAUAGGAGAUUCUGGAGUCACGUUGCUCUCUGCUGUACUGAAGGAUCCUCGUUGUAAACUGGAGAUACUGCGGUUGAGAGAUUGUGGCAUCACAGAUGAAGGUUGUGCUGCUCUGGCUUCAGCUCUGAGAUCAAACCCCUCACACCUGAGACGACUGGAUCUGUCUUGGAAUAAAAAGGGGGAUUUGGGUGUGAAACUUCUCUGUGCUGGACUGAAGAAUCCUCACUGUAAACUGGAGGAACUGCAGUUGAGAGAUUGUGGCGUCACAGAUGAAGGUUGUGCUUCUCUGGCUUCAGCUCUGAGAUCAAACCCCUCAUACCUGAGACACCUGGAUCUGUCUUGGAAUAAAAUAGGAGAUUUGGGAGUGAAGCGUCUCUGUGCUGGACUGAAGGGUAAUCACUGUAAACUGGAGAUACUGUGGUUGAGGGAUUGUGGCAUCACAGAUGAAGGUUGUGUUGCUCUGGCUUCAGCUCUCAGAUCAAAUUCCUCACUCCUGAGACACCUGAAUCUGACUGGGAAUAAACUAGGAAAAUCAGGAGUGAAGUUACUGAAAGAUAAUCCACAUUAUAAACUGGAGACAGUAUACUGUUGUGAGUAUAUUAUUAUUUAAAUAUUUUAAAAUGGA